CAAAAACUUAACUAAAAAUCAAAAAUCAACCAUUUCUCAAAACACCUGCGAAUACCCGGAAGCAAGUGCAAAAAACCUCUCGACAGGUCUAAGGCUGGUCUUGAAUCGAUCGAAUUGAACGACUCUUUUAUCACAAAAAAAUGUCUCUUCCUUUGAAUCUGCGAUUAUCGCAGAUGAUGGAUCCUCCCAAUGAAGAUUGCCCAGCUGUUGGAACUCAACCAUCGACUAAUGCCCAACCUAAUACCCUGACUGAGAGGACUCCAAUAGCACCCAUAGCUAAGGUGCGUGAAAGGGCUAGUGGGAGUGGGAGAGCAAAAUCUAGGGCAUGGGAUCAUUUUGAUAAAUUAAAGGGUGAGGAUGGAAAAACUAGGGCUAUUUGCAAAUAUUGUCAAAAGGAAUAUUUAGCUGAUUCUAAGGGUCAUGGGACAAGUAAUUUGUUGAGUCAUUCGGCAAAUUGUCAAAAAUAUCCUUAUAGGGAACUAGAGAGGGGACAACAAACCUUGUCUUUUCAACCUAAAAAAGAUGGAGAAGAGGGUGUUGACCUUGAGGCAAUGAGCUUUAAUGAAGAAGCUAGUAGAAAAGCUCUUGCCGAGAUGAUCAUUCUUGAUGAAUUGCCCUUUAGAUUUGUGGAUGGAAUUGGUUUUAAAAGAUUUUGCAAUGUCUUGCAACCUAAGUUCAAAACAAUCCCAUCUCGUAUUACUAUUGCUAAAGAUGUUGCUGUCAUUUUUAACAAGGAGAGAGAUAGCUUGAGGAAAGCAUUGAAGGGUCGUAGGGUUUGCCUUACCACAGACACAUGGACAUCAAUACAAAACAUAAAUUAUAUGUGUCUUGCUGUACAUUUCAUUGAUGAUGAUUGGAAAUUACAAAAAAGAAUCAUAAAUUUUUGUCAAGUUGAAGAUCAUAAGGGAGGAACUAUUGGUAAAAGAAUUGAGAUGUGCUUGCUUGAGUGGAACAUUGAUAGCAUUUUUACCUUGACAGUAGAUAAUGCUAGUUCCAACAACACUAUCAUUAAGUUCUUGAAGAAUAAAACAAAAACUUGGAAGGGGACCAUCUUCGGGCAUGAGUUCUUACAUAUGCGUUGUUGUGCACAUAUUUUAAAUCUCAUAGUGGGUGAUAGUUUGAAAGAAUUAGAUACCUCUAUUGGUUCUAUACGUGAUGCUGUAAGAUAUGUGAGGUCUUCUCCAAAUAGGCUAGAGAAUUUUAAAAAGUGUGUAGAGAAAGAAAAAAUUGAGUCAAAAAGUCUUUUGUGCCUCGAUGUACCAACUAGGUGGAACUCCACCUAUUUAAUGUUGGAAGCCGCUGAAAAGUUUGAAAAGGCAUUUGAUAGAUUGUUGGAGGAGGACUCCAAUUACCAAUCUUACUUUGUGGAUGAUGAGGUUUGUGAGGGUGGGGAUGAGGGAAGUGGUACGGGGAAGAAGACAUGGGGACCUCCAACUAAGGAUGAUUGGAAUAAGUGUAGGAUGUUUGUGAAAUUCCUAAGGCUUUUCUAUCAUGCAACUAGGCGGUUUUUGGGGUCUUUAUAUGUUACUUCUAAUUGUUUAUUUGAUGAGAUGUUUGUGAUUCAAACCAAGAUUAGACAAUUAGUGAAGAAAGACUCCAAAGAGGAUCAACUUUUGUCUUCCAUGGCAAAAAGCAUGAAAGAAAAAUUUGACAAGUAUUGGGGGAAUGGGGAUAAAAUAAAUCUCCUAGUAUAUGUUGCUGUGGUGCUUGAUCCUCGAAAAAAAUUGAAGUAUGUGAAAUUCUGUUUCUCACAAUUAUUUGGGGCUGGAGUGGUAAAUGAGAUGACAGGUCGUGUAAAAGAUUGUUUAACUCGUUUAUACGAGUAUUAUGGUGCACAUGAUUCAACAAGUGUGGAAGUGCCUAAUGUGAGUGAAGCGUCUGAGAUGAUGAUUGAUGAUGAUUGUGAUGAUCCGCAUUUGCUCGUAGCCUCUCAAUUCAACUCGUAUUUGGAGGAGGAAGAUUCCAUUUUGUGCAAGUCUGAGGUAGACAAGUACUUAGCGGAGAGUUGUGUUGGUUCAAUAGAAGAAAAUUUUGAUAUCUUGGGAUGGUGGAAGACUAAUUCCUCAAAGUAUCGAGUCUUGUCCCAAGUAGCACAUGACGUGUUGGCGAUUCCCGUUUCUACAAUUGCUUCUGACUCAGCAUUUAGUGUAGGAGGACGUAUACUUGAUCCAUUUCGUAGUUCACUAUCUCCCAUGAUGGUAGAGGUUCUUAUAUGUGCACAAAAUUGGCUUCAAAGCACUAUCCCAAUCUCUCUUCGCAAAGCAAUGGAUGAUGUUGAGCAAUAUGAACAGUAUAACUCAGCUUUUUCAAGCUCAAGCUCAAGCCCAAGUCUAGGCCCAAGUUGAAGUACUAUUACUAUCUAGCAUGGCUAAUGGCUAUUAGCCAGGUGUUUUUGGUUCCAUCAACAGAACGACGAUAGCUGCAUUGGUCCUGGUUCCACUAGCUUUUCAGGGUUAGGUCUCUUCUUUGCAGCCUUGUUUAUAUUACUGGUUUCUUGUUAUUUAGGGUACUGUAGUAAUUUCACUGUUUUCUUGUUAUGUAAAUAAUUUUACUUUCUGUGAUGCUACUGUGAUGAAAGUCGGUGUUGGUAUGUUCUGAAUUUUCUGAUGACAAUUGUAGAUGAUGCUGCUGAUUACUGUGAUGCUGUAGUGUUCAUGAGGAAUGAGUUUUGAUAGCAUGUGGCUUUUUAUUUUUGUGUUUUGACUCUUGAUGAAUUUUUGUGGCUUAUUGGUUAUGGUGGGUACUGGAUGAAUGUCAACUUAUAUCAAUGAAGUUUGAUAAAAUUUUCCUCAUAAAUUUCUGAUGAAUGCUACUGACUAUUGUGAUUCCCAUGUAACCCAUGUGCUGACGAGGGUUGGAGACCUUUAUGAAUUUCUUGAUGAAUUUUGAUGCUUUGCGAGUUGGAUCUUCUGUGCUUACAUCUCAAAAUAUUUACAACUAUUGGAUUAUGUUGGAAUUUCAAGGUAUAAUUCAGCGGCUACGAGUGUUUUGAACAGAGGGAUUUGCGAUAGAAGAUCUUGUUCCCUUCUGUUUUGGAAAGCGGCAUCAAAACUACUUUGAAACAUGUGUUCUAAAUUUAUUGUACAUAGGCUGAUUUAGGGAAUGGAAUGCAAACCAUUUCGAUUCCCAGGAAUGCAAACCGCGGCCCCUUACUCCCCUGUCUGAGUCAGUAACUCGGUCCGGAAUAUAUCUUGUCCAGUUCCCCAAAGAUCAAAUUUAUUGAGUUCCACGCCCUGAACAUGCUUUGAUAGCCAAACGGCAGGGCCAGCCACGUCUUCAGCAUCAUUGUUCUUGCCACUUCUGGUCAUCAGCAUUGUUGUUCUUGCCGCUUCUGGUGCAUAUUCAUCUCCAUUAUCAUCAGCACGCACACAUUGUAUACAAUCGAGGUGGCAAUGCUUCCCUCUCCUUUCAGAAAACAAGAAAUAGCUGUUGGAAAAUACCUAACUUUCGAUCAAGGCCCCAAGAACUUUGACAGUCUUCAAGAUGGUCUUCCAUGGAUCGAAAAUUGCAUUACCUUGACAGAUUAAGAACGACAGAUUAAGAACAUGAACUACUCAAAACGGAAAGUGAAGGUCUAUCGAUGAGUGCUGCUAUUAAGCUGAAGAUUGGGGCAUUGAAAACUGUGUGCAAAAAUUGUUGUCUCGUGUAAUUUGACAGCAGAUACCUUAGCGAAGGGUGGCUGUGUCCUGACUCUGGAAUGUCAUACAAAAAGCUAGCAAAGGUAUUAGGGGAAUCUGAAACCUGGUUUUGACCAUGUUUGUAGGGAUAGUAAUGUUGUUGAUAUUGGUUUAGGAAAUGAUCAAAGAGCAUAUCAUUGUAGGGUUAGUUUGUCUUUUGAUCCUUGUAUUGUUUUCCAAGGUGGAUCAAUCUGGAAGACCAUACUCUCUUUUUUGUUCUUUUUUUGUUGUUGAUGUUUUCCUGUUUUCCUUAAGCAGUGUACAAAAACUUCCCAUAUGUUGUAAAUCUUGAAACUUUACCUCCU